CUGGGAAGCGGGCCGUGUGCACCUGCGUAGUAGCGUGGAGGCGCCGUUUGAGCGGAGGCGCGCGGCGAGUGUCGGAGUUUGAAGCGGGAUGUGGCGGGGCCGGGCUGGGACGCUGCCAGCGGCCAUCGGGGCGCUGUGCCGGGCGCUGCCGCCGGUGAGCCGGCCCGCCCCGGAGACCUUCCGCCUCGCCAAGUUCGACCGGCCCGAGGCGAGUUUGCAGAUUUGGAGGCUGCUGUAUUCUCUUCUAAAGCAAAUCCAUGACGGAGGAUGGACUGAGCCUGAUACCAUAGGCACCCAAAUUAGGUUUGUAAAGUCAGUGUUACGGUACCAUGGCUAUGGCAGGCCAGAAUUCUAUCAGCUCCCUUCCGAUGGCUCACAGGGUAGCAGAGAGUUGCUGCUGGCAUUUUCCUGGCUCCUAAACAGAAUCAGCCUGCUGGAGCGGCUACUGACUGUGAAUAGAGUGAAAAUUGGGGAUGAAGCCUCUGUGUGCACAUGUGAAGAUAAUCUCUCUAACAGCUGGAAGGACAGGACCGAAAUAGCACUCGAACCUUGUUUGAAAAGAGAAGUAGAUGUGAGAUAUCUCCAGUGGUUAACUGGCAGGCUGCGGUUCCAGUGGCGGAGUUUGCACGUUGACCAUCAGGAGCAAUGUAAACUCUUGCAUAAGAUUCAUUCUUACACUAGUGGCUGUCAUAUGGAUCAGACCAUUGGUCAUUUCUCUGUCACAGAAACCGAUCUCAUUAGACAACCAGAUAGCUACAAACAGUUGUUGCAGUCACUGGAGUCUGAAACCUCUCGAUUAGAAGCCUUUCUGGAAUGGAAACGACUGGAACCAGUUUAUUGGCACUGGAUGGAAACUGUAUUAGAUACCCUUGAUGAAGAUGCAAAUACAUUCAAGUCAGAAGAUGUUUGUAAAGAGAAAAACACUUUGCCAAAUGCUAACUUGUGUUGCCACAGUGCUAGCAAUAUUAUUGGAGAAAUUGACAAAUUGACCAAAGAUCUAGUGACUCUACAUGAUGGACUGCAUGAGCUAGUAAAUUGCAAGAAGUCAGCAUGGUAUGAAAAGGUCAAAUCAAGAGAAAGAACACUUCCAGAUGAAAGGGAGUUUUGUGCUGCUGUCAGGACAAUAACAGAAGCUGUCAAGCUAAAACUAUCAGGUCUUAAAUACCAUUGUUCCCAUAAAAAAAAUGGAAUGCAUGGUCUGUACAGGCUGGUAUUUAAAGACAAGUGUUCUGCUAGCAAAACAGGUUUCCUCAGUUCGGUAUCGAAGGAGCCCAUUACAAAUGUUAACGCCACAGAGGUGAUCAGUGAACUGCAAAUGGAAGAGGGCACUCUGAAGAGGGAGCUGAAGCAACUGCAGGAAGAGUGCAGACACAAGCUAGAUGAGAUUGCAGAAGGGCUAGUUGGAGUGAUUUGUAUCCCACCUAUGAAGAGGUAAGUUCUCAUCAAGAAAGGACAAGGGAAUAGAGCUGUUUGAUCAGAAGACAUAUUAUAAACCGUGCCCUGAGAGUGGGUGAAAUGAAGAUCUGAAUGUGGUGCUAAUUCUCAGCCUUGAAAACACAGUUUGUCACUUCUUUAUAAUAUGCAUUGGGGCCAGAACAUUGCAUCCUUAAUGGUUCUGUCUGCUGCCCCUUAUUACUUACCUUACCAAUUAAAUUCUGCAGCAGGUGUUGGGGGGUGGGGUGUUUUUAAAUCUCUCCUUUAUCUAGAUUUCUGAUGCUUCUGCCAGGCACAGGCUCACUUUCAGAACUCUCUGUUUCUUGACACACAGUAUUUGCCAGGUCUGCAGACUGAAAUACUAAUUACAUUCAGCAUUUAUCAGCAAGUGAGAGUAUUUAUGACUAAUAAAAAAACAGGAACUGAGCAGAGAUGAGUGUGGCCUUCGAUGCUGAAAGGUAUUGCAAAGCACCAAGAAUGAAAUGUGCAGGAAAGGCUGCUGUUUAGUUCAGCUAAUUCCAUAUUGUGUGGCAAGGCACAGAAUACAUACAAUUAUCACAAAACAGAUACAAAAUGCUUAGUAGCAAAUAAAAGUGACAUCUUCUAUAUUCACAGGCAUAAUGCACUUCAAAUGAUCAGAUUCUCUAGGGAAACACCCAUUUUUAUUAAACUAUGUAUUCAGUUAUGAAGCACAGUAAUAUAAUUUAUAUAUUCACUAGAGAAUGCUUCUGUAAAAUAGAAAUAAGGCCUUAAAUUCCAGGCUUUAAGAAACCCCAUGGUCUACCUUUGGAGACUUCCCUCCAGAAUGUAAAGCCUUUCAUUUGACAAUAGCUUUUCAUCUCUUUCUGCUUGCUUUCAGUAAGAAACUGCUUUUAUUCUUGUGAUUUUCCUUCAGAAAUAAAAACACAAUUUGCUUUUGAUUUGUGAAUUGCAAUGAGCAGCAGCAUUACCUUGGUUUGGAUUUCUGUCCAUUACUCCCAGCUCUUCUGUUUAGGUGAUUAACAGUUGCCUGUGACUCAAGAACCAAAAAUAAAAGUGCAUUUAAGGACA